ACCUAGUAUCGUCCCCCAAAUACAAGAAUCUUUCCGCGCUUGUAACUCUUCAAAUCUAUAAGUUUCCUCUCCAAAAUAGUCAGACGAUGAAAAAUACCCCCUUUGCGUUGGAAAUUGUUCCAAAAAAAAUAAUAAUAAAGGAAUAGCGUCUAUUAUUAUUCGCCGGCGAGGUAAGCUUUGGCUCAUUCCAGUGCGAGAGGGAAUCCCUCGACGUCACCAAGGAUACCAAACACAACAGCGGUGCACAAAUAUGGGCAUCUACGUAGCGGAACCCCGAGGCGGGACUUAAAUGCCUCAGUUGUAGGCUACUCAAGGAGGAUUCAUUCAGAAGACAAAAUCUGCUUGUUUCUACCGUAAUUCCGCCGCGCAUUCGCCGGGUCGUGCCACCAAUCGGACUUUAUGGAUCUAUCGAGCUUCGGAUUGACGAAGUAGCUUGAACGCGGGGAAAGGAAGGAGAACACUUAUUCGAAGCAAUUUUCCCCGGCUUGCUGGUCGCGGGGAAGUGGAUUAAAGCUUCUUCAUGCAACUUUUUUGGAAAGACACCAGGAGCGCCUCACCGGGAAACACCAACAAGACAAGUAACGGUGCCAAACUCCCUCUCGGCCCCCGCGGGGAGAUGUACCAAGGGUUCCCCGGCGACCCCGAUACCGGAUCCCGUGGUAGCUCCUCCCCGUCCAUAGAGUCGCAAUACCUCUCCUCCGUGGACUCCUUCGGCAGCCCGCCGACCACCAGUGCUCCGCAGGAGUGUGUGUCAACCGCAACCGGCUUGAGCAUUGUGGGUAGCGGGCCAGGAUCCAGCAGCGGCGGGGAGAUGCCCGGCUCAUUCGUGCCGACCGUCACUGCCAUCACCACCAGUCAGGACCUGCAGUGGAUGAUUCAGCCCACCCUCGUCUCCUCCCAGGCCUCGGGUCAAAGCGGCACCACCGACACCUCCACCAUAACCCGGCCCGUGUCGCUGGUUGACCCCUAUGACAUGCCGGGCCCUAGUUACUCCUCCGGGUCUGCGUUCACUCCACCGAGUUUGGAAACCCCCGGCCCAGCACCGGGCCCCAUCCGCCAAUCCAGAACCCGUAGCCGCCGCACUCGAGAAGAGUCUGUGAGUGACGACGGAGAUGUUGGUGUGUUACUCACUCCCGAGGAGGAGGAGAAGCGACGUGUCCGACGGGAGAGGAACAAACUGGCCGCCGCCAAGUGCAGAAACCGGCGACGGGAGCUCACGGACAGGCUGCAGUCGGAGACGGACGUCCUGGAGGAGGAGAAGGCCGAGCUCGAGGCGGAGAUCUCGGAGCUACAGAAGGAGAAGGAGCGGCUGGAGUUUGUCCUGGUGGCCCACCAGCCCAACUGCAAGAUCAUGUACCAGGAGCAGCCUCAGCCCAGCUCGUCGCAGCUCCCCGUCCAGACCUUACAAGCCCCCUCCUCCAUUGUGAGCUUGGCUGGGAAGGAAGACUCUUUCUAUCUGCCUCCUGCCUACUCAGGCCACGCAGCCUCCACUCAGUCACAGAUUCCGCCUCAGCAUCAGCAGCAGCAGCAGCAACAAGUCCAGCAGCCUCAGCCAGGAAUGAUACAGGAGGUAGAGUUUUCUCGUUCUUUCUAUGGCCCCAGCGGGGCAACGGCGCCUGGCGGGCCAUGCUUCAUGAUCGGCGACGGUGGUGGCGGUAACCAUGACGAUGCGGGCAUUGCCAGCCAAAGCACUUCAUACACAUCUUCAUUUGUGUUCACCUACCCAGAGGGAGCCUGCGGGGUCAGUGCCAACCAUCGGAACAGCAGUAGCGAGCAGUCGUCCGAUUCCUUGAACUCGCCUUCCCUGCUGGCGCUCUGACUGACCGACCAAACUAGCGCAUACCUUUAACGCUCGCCGAGUAGGGGCCGACUGACGCCCGUUGAGUUAAAGAACAAAAUUAACGUGGAGAGAGACAAAUUGCAAACGUCAAUCUGAUUGCGCAAAACUAAACUCGGUCUUCAGCGAGCUACCACAAACUGCACCGAUGCCCCCUCCCCACCUUGUUCCCUCUGAUGGUCUCUCAUCUUCUCCUCCAUCCUUCCCCUCCACCCUCCUCUUUUGCCCCAGUGCCCAGAGGAGAGACACUUACCGCUAACCCUUCAUCCGCUCGACCCUCGCUCAGCUUCCUCAUGCUCGGAAGUCGGCCAUCGCCGCGUUGUUAUGAUUCCAGCGUCUCUGUUUCUCCUCUUCUGUCUCUUGUGUUUCUCCCCAUCGCUCUUCUUGAAGCCCUCCACGCCCGAGAGCCCGAAGACCCCCUCCAGUCCCUGGGAUCCUGAGUGAAUGGCCCGAUCCCCAACCUAGUACUCGCACACACCUUAACCGGUCCGUGUCGACCCGGACCGGGAUUCUGCAGCGUGUUCUAAACACUGGGAGCUGCCAUUGGACAUUUGAUGCAAACAAAAAAAAAAAAAAAGAUGAGCCACUUGUCGACACGAUGAAGACAAGGCACGUUGGGUGGCUCUGCUUUUGUUGUUGUGAGCCAAAUGCAAAUGAAAAAAAAAAAGACGUAAAAAAAAAAGAGUAAAACAUUUGUCUGUGUAGAUUCUUAGUCAUCCGGGUCGUGGUAAUCCGGAAGGGCUGAAUCGAGGCAACUGGACUUGUCUUGUUUUGGGGAAUAAUUUGGUGAACUCAAAAAAUCAAGGCAAGAAAAAAAAAUAAAAAUAAAUGAUGCUGGAAUUCUACCCAAUUUUGCUCGUGUGAAAAUUGUCUUUCACACAACGUCCCCGAAAUUAAACAUAGAAGUAAAAACAACUCAGCAAAUUGUUUUAAUGUAAUAUUGUUGCUAUAAUGGUCAAUAAUCUAAAUUUGAAAGUUAUUCCCACUAUUAUGUUUUGCUUUUUCCAACCCUAAAAAUUCAGAACUGAAGAAACUUUUGCAUUGAAUGUCAACCAAAAGUCCAGUUGCCUCAAUUUGAAUUUUGCGGAUCAAGUCAAAGAUCUGCGUAAAGAGUUACCAUGGCUUUGUACUUUUGUUUCCCGCCUGUUUGCCUUGACCGGGAGAUGCCGACAACCUCUAAACACGGGGCGUGCACACAAGUGCACCUGGCCUGUUUAUUUCUUUCUUGAGUGAGGUUGUCGUGAUGCCUGACCGGGAAACUAAAAGAGGAAAGCAUCCGGGCUAACGUUGAGGCGCCCGCAUCCUUUCUUGCCUGUGAAUUUGUGCCAUUUGUUUUUUCCUUGUAUGUUCCAGUGACACUUGUUACAUAUUUUAAUGUCUUUUUUUUAUUUUUUUUAUGUAUUUGACUGUUCUGCUUUUACUUGUACGCCAGCCCACCUCCAACUCGGUUAUUGUUGUAAGUAUAUUUCCCCCCCCCCUUUAUAUGAUUGUGUUUUCAUGUGGCAUCUUUGGAGGUAUGCUGUGCACUUAAAGGUUAUUUGUGUGUUGAAAGUUUAAAAAAAAAAAAUCUUGUUUAAGUCUAUAUGCCUAUAUGUAUAAAGAUAAAUAUAUAUAUAUGAGUGUACGUGCUAUGAUUGUCGAAUAUGAAUGUGUUGCAGCUCUAAAGGGGAUAUUUUUGUCAAUGAAGAAAUUUGAAAGAUGUUACUGAGAUUUAGUUUUGAAAUGAAUAUUUUUGUAAGAGAAUGAAAAAAAAUAUAUAUAUGAUAGGUUUAAAAAAAAAAAAAAAAAAAAAAUGGCCCUGUCCCUUAACAUGAAGCACGAUGUCACUGCCUCUCGCCAUGUGUAUUUAUGUUUUACAAAACAGUAUCAAGCACUAUCCAAGACAAAGUCAAUGUAUGUACGUUACGAGGUUGUGAUGACGUUUGUCUGAUUUUUCUGUGAGGUCUGACCCAAAGCUACUGACGCCUUCACUUUAUCUUCAAAAAUCCAAAUAAAAAAAAUGACAGUACAUACUGAAGUCCCUGUUAGAUUUACAAAAAAAUAAUUCAAUUUUUUCCCCCUUACUAUAAUCAAAUACCAUUCAGUAAUGAACAGAAAUGUCUAUUUGAAGGACAAACAAUCGUUUCCAGGAGUGGCUUUAUUUUUUUAAUAUAAAGAAGUUACAUCUAAAAUAACGACAAUUUGAUUGUAUAGUUUUCUUGGUGCUCAGAGAAUGGGUGGACCUCACUUUUUGAUCAGCUGAUUCCGAACUAUAUGGAGAUGCCUUUUUCAUUUUUUUCUCUUCUCCAAAAUGCAAAUGUGAUGCGAAUAUGUUCUCAUGUGUCAGAAUCAGCAUAAAACAUAUUCACGAGUUCUCAUGUACAUAUUUUUUCCUUCUUUGUGGUGCUACUUUUACAAUCAUGAUUGAUAGAAAAAAAAAAAAAAGGCAGUUUCAUGUUGUAUGGCACCACAGUUUACAUCAGCUCCAGAUUUCCUUGAUGGCGAUAAAAUAGUGAAUUCCAAGCAGGUGAAUCAUUGGAAGCAUCUCAACCACCCAGUCAUUCCAUUGUGAUAAUCAACUUUGAUUAAGAAUAUUCAAUGCAACAUUGAAUGUGUUGAUGACAUCAGCGAUUUCCUUGCACUUAACACGCAUCCAUUAUUUUUGUUUCCUUCCAAUGGAUCCGAUAGCAUCAACUAAACAAGAGUUGCUCCUAUUUUUCUAUGCUGAGGUGAAUGUCGCAAUGUAUUUGUAUUAUUCUGUACAAGUCACAUAUCCAUCCACGCAUAGCUGUGUUUUCUUGGUAUAUGAAAUGCAAUACUUGUGAUGCUCUUGGAUGAACAUAAUGUAGCAAAUGUUAGUCAGGGAUGAUGAACUGACUGCUACUAUAUAUCCAGAUUUAUUGCUACAAAAACUUGGUUCAAAUAUUUCCACAAACUACCGCAUUUAAUUUCUAUGGAGAAAUGUUCUUAAGAGUUGGUUUUCCGUCAUUUAUUUUCAUUCCUUUUUUGGUUGCACAUUCAUUUGUAUCAAUUUGUCAUCAUGACAUUGUACUCGCAUUAUUUCUUGCUGUAAACUUUAUCAUUGUCACAUCACAUAACGAUAUACUGUCAACAUUGAGAUUGUCAACAGUGAAAGAGCCAAAGAUAUAUUGUUGGAUAUGUGACAAUAACUUCUCUUAUUGUACUUAUAUUUACAGUUACAUAUUGACAUCAGGGUGCUAUGAUAUUAUUCUCUGCAUAUAUAAGUCAGAUAAUUUUGACAUAUAUAUAUACUUUAUUUUUCUAAUCUUAAUAUCAAGCUUAUUAUGCUUGAAGGGGACCAAAAUAUGUGACAAUUCUAGUCAGCUUCUGCUGUCUAAUCUAAUAAAAAAGUCGAAUAAAAAAAAAUGUCAAUAAUAAUCAUAAUAAUGUCCACACAGAACUAUCUCGGAUCCUUAUUGGAUGAAUUUUCCUCAAGAUUGAUAAAGUAUCAACCUGAGUUUGAUGUUGUCUUCAACCAAAUACAGUUAACUUGUAAAGGAAUUACAGUAUAUCAUUGAGAUGCAUGUCUCUCACUUUUAAAUGAGGGUUAUCAUACACUUUUUUGCCUUUGUGUAUUUACCAAUUAUUGAAAAAUUGUAACAAACUGAAAGCACAGGUGAAUUUGGAAAAUGUCAACUGAAAUUUUAAUCAAAAAUGACCUAUUAAUAAAACAAAUCUUGAUCUUU